ACGAAGUCAGCCUUACGCAAUGUGGUUACAUCAAGGAGUGUUGACUUAUUCUGUAGCUGCGCUGAUCAAUCUGUCUGCGCUUUGUAUUUUUGUUUAAGUAUUUGUUUUUUUGCAAUAUUUACAAUGGAUGCAGUGUGAAAGCAGUUACUUUUAUAUAAUCUGAUCUGAAUUAAUGCUGUAGUUUAUUUGGAUUCUUACGAUUCUAAUACUGCAUCAGUAGUUUUCUCUGGAGCAUAUCAUCAUGACGAAUGCGUUUUCAAAAGCCGUGCAAAAAAUUUCUGAAAAGACUGCAGUUCCUGUGGAAACUGUUAGUUUAUGUAUGGUUAGUGCAGUAUGUUUCUUGUAUGCAUCACGGGUGGGUUUUCCUAUGUUGGCGAAAACUAUAAAAAGUUUAAAAAAUAGAGCUACCGAAGCGCAGCAUCAAAUAUCAUCAACAAGCCCUCACAAAAGCACCUACAGUCCUGUGAUAAGUGAAGAUGAAUUGAUCGAAGAAGUUGAUAAAUCUUCGAAAACGAAGGAAAGUAAGAAAAGAACUGGUGAUGAUAAUAGUAUAUAUGACCUCAAAAAUUUUCCUGCUUUUAAUAAGAAGUUUCUUGAGCAGUUGAGCAAAUUGAUAAAAGUUAUGAUACCUAGUGUAUGGAGCAUAGAGGCUGGUUUGUUACUAUUGCAUACCUUAUCAUUGAUCAUGAGAACUUUCCUUUCAAUUUAUGUUGCAAAAUUAGAAGGUUGUGUUGUGAAAUUUAUUGUACGCAAAGAUAUUCACAUGUUUACUGUGCAGCUGUCAAAAUGGCUUUUAAUAGCAUUACCUGCUACAUUCUUGAACAGUUUAAUCAGAUUUCUAGAAAGCCAACUUGCUCUUGCUUUUCGUACAAGGCUAGUAAGAUAUGCAUAUUCUUUAUAUUUUAAAAAUCAAACGUAUUAUAGAGUAAGCAACUUGGAUGGAAGGUUAGAGAAUGCUGAUCACUGUUUGACUGAAGACAUCACUUCAUUUGCUCAAUCUAUAGCUCAUUUAUAUUCUCAUAUUACAAAGCCACUUCUUGAUUUGAUUAUAAUUAAUUUUACUCUAUUUAAAAUGGCUAGCAAUAUGGGUUCUUAUGGUAUGUCAGGUCAGUUAUUUGCAGCUGCUGUUGUUACAGUUACUGCUCAUAUUCUUCGUAAAGUUACACCAAAAUUUGGAAAAUUGGUUUCCGAAGAAGCAAAACGUAAAGGCUACCUCAGAUUUGUACAUUCCCGCCUCAUUACCAAUGCUGAAGAAAUUGCUUUUUAUGGUGGUCAUAAGGUUGAAUUAUCUUUGCUACAAAGGAGCUAUAAAGCACUUGCUUGGCAGAUGAAUCAAAUUUAUAACAAAAAAUUAUGGUAUGUCAUGUUGGAGCAGUUCCUGAUGAAAUAUUGUUGGAGUGCAGCUGGGAUGAUAAUUAUAUCAUUGCCAAUAAUGACUGAUUAUACUAAGACUGAUCCAAAUGAUUCAGAUGACAACUACAGAGAUGAUGGGGUUAGCACAAGGACUCAGUAUAUGACUACAGCAAAAAAUAUAUUAAUUGCUGGUGGAGAUGCUACAGAAAGACUCAUGUCAUCUUACAAAGAAAUCACGGAGCUGGCAGGUUAUACUGCCCGGGUAUCCAGAAUGUUGACUGUAUUUGAAGAUGUUAGUGAUGGGAAGUAUGUGCGCACGGUUACAGCUAGUUCUUCAAAAUCUUUUAAAAAGGCAACUGAAUUAAAAGGUCUGAAAUUUAAAGAUGGAAUGCCAGAAAUUUUGGGAGAAGUUACAGAAAAAGAUGGCAUUAUAAAGUUGGAAGGUGUUCCUAUCAUUACACCAAACUGUGACAUAGUUACUCCCAGCUUGUCAUUUACGAUGACUACAGAUAUGCAUUUGCUCAUUACUGGACCAAACGGGUGCGGGAAAAGUUCUUUAUUUCGUAUUCUUAGAGGUUUGUGGCCUGUGUAUGUUGGUAAACUAGAGCGACCACUAAAAAAUCAGAUGUUUUACAUACCACAGAGGCCUUACAUGUCUCUUGGUACACUUCGCGAUCAAGUAAUUUAUCCUCAGACCCUGGAUGAAAUGACAGCUGAGGGUGUGACUGAUGAUGAACUUUUCAAAGUUUUAGGCAUAGUCCAUCUACAACAUAUAGUGUUCCGUGAAGGAGGUUGGGAUACAAAAAGGGAUUGGAAAGAUGUACUUUCUGGUGGAGAAAAGCAAAGAAUGGGUAUGGCCAGAUUGUUCUAUCACAAGCCUCAGUUUGCACUGCUGGAUGAAUGCACUAGCGCUGUUUCAAUAGAUGUUGAAAGCCAAAUUUAUCAGGCAGCGAAGGACAAUGGAAUCUCUCUUUUGACGAUAACUCACAGGCCAUCGCUUUGGAAAUUUCACACUCAUUUACUCCAGUUUGAUGGUGAAGGUGGAUGGAGUCUUGAACCGUUGGAUACGAAUACCAGGCUUUCUUUGCGGGAUGAAAAAGAAAAGCUUGAAGCAUCUUUAACCGGUGUUCCUCAAAUGGAGAGGAGAUUGAGAGAGCUAUGCACUUUACUAGGAGAAAAUUCUACAGUUAUGGUUGAUUCUUCAGUGGGUCGUUUAUCACCUACCAAAGAUGGUUCUUCAAAUGCCAGUGACACAUCCUAUGAGACAUCUAUUUUAAUUGAAAGUUUAACAGAUUGAUAAAAUAGUUUUGUAUGAUAUGAAAAGCUUUAUGUAUAUUAUUUAUACUGUCAUAGAAACAAGAACUAAGUCUUACAUCUUUUGUAUUAGUUGUGAAGCUCAUAUAUAUCUAUGUAUUAUUACAGAAAUUGUUCAAUUUUUCUUUUUCUUGGAUUUUUGGGUCCUUCAAGUUACUUAAAAAUGCCUUAACAUACUUUUAAAUUGUGAUGUGUUGAACUGCAGCAUGUCCCUUCCCCUUAAUUAUAAAUUAAUUAAGUCAUUUAAUUAUGUAUUAUUAUGUACAGUAUAUGUAUAGCUAUCUUACUUUCAUACAAGUGCAUCUAAACUCAUAAGGUCUGUAUGUGUAGCAGUAAAAUGUGAUUUUAAUUGUUCAUCUUUUUCUCUUAUCUACAGAUAAUUUUUUAUGCAUGAGCUUUACAUCAUGCAGAAAUUUUGAAAUUCAUUUGUUAUUUACAACAAAAAUAAUUUAUUUUUAAUGAUACACGAGUAUGGUAGUCACUAUAGUCACUAUAUCGUGUAGUGUGCAAAAUUAUUUUAAAAAAAUUUUGUAAAUUUUUUUAAUCAAAAAUAUUAGUAAUUAAUUGUUAUAUUUGUUGUAAUUUUAAAGUUAGUUUUAUAUUAUAAAUAUUUUAAAUAUAUUUAUUUGUAAAGUAUUUUUGGUUAAUGCUCAUUUUAAUUAUUUACUGUAAUGAAGAUUUCUGACUGAGUAUGAAUAAUGGAAAUUUUAUAUUUUGUAUUUCAAUGAUUUUUCUUUUAUGCCAUUUAUGUUACAUUUAUUUCUGACAUUCCUGUAGGUUUUCAUUAUUUCAAAUCUGAAUUUUUCAACUGUAAAACAUUAAUUUAACUAUGUAGAACUUUUGUUUGUCCCUACUCGAAAAGGUUGUUGUUUUGUAUAGCAUAAAGCCUCCCGUCCAUACUUUAACACAAAAGCAAAAGAAUGUUUAUGUAGUGGUGUGUGAGUUUUUGUUGUAAAAAAUGAAUGUUGAAAUGGUGUGCUGCUUCUUAUACAUUAACCUGAAACAAUUCCUACUACAGUACAAAGUCCGUAAUCCGGACUCGUCAGGACUUUGGCGAUUCCGGAUUAAGGGUUUUUCCGGAUUAUAGAUCAUCAAUUUAAAUCUGGUAAGAUGGCAUGCAGAAAUUAUACAUUU